UCCUCAUUAAGCGGGCAGCAGCAGGUGUGUCACUCAAACGGAGCAGCAGUUUGUCUGCAACGAUCGUGUUUAUUAGCCUACAAAAAAUAUUAAAGCCAAUUUCAUCUUUAAAACAAACAAACAAGCAAACAGCGAUGCUCGUGCUCGUGCUGCAGCUGUGCGCGCUCCCGAUGCUGCUCCUCGGCCUCACGCGCCCCGGUUUUGCGGGGGCCUGCAGGCCGGAGCUGUGCACGGACCCCGACAGGUGCCUCCUCGCGCCGGACCGCACGAGCUGCACGUGCGCCUUCGGGUUUUACGCGGAGCGCUGCGACCGAGAUGCAGGCAUCAAGGUGACGUGCGGUAAAGACUUCAUAGCCAUCAGGGUGCUGGAGGACUUCUUCAGGUACCACAACGUGCCGCUGGAGGCGCUGCACCUGCCCAACAGCUCGUGCCGCGCCCAGCGCCAGGUGAUCGCCGGCGACGCCUUCUACACGUCCCGCAUCUCCACAGAGCAGUACGCCGCCUGUGGGGGGAAGCCGCUGGAGAGGAACAUCACUCACGUCUCGUACUCGCUGAGUUUGCUGUCCGACCCUCAGGCCGUCGGGAACAUCAUCAGGGAUCCGCUCGUGAAGAUCGACUACACCUGCGUGUAUCCGUACAUCCGAACCGUCAGCCUGCCGUUCCCAGUCAUCCCUUUCUCCAGUGAGAAGGUGAUGCGUGUGGAUGAACUGGACGCCACCGUUCAGAUGCUGCUGUACACGGACGGCAGCUACAGCGAGGCUCACCGCGGGGCGCCCACCAUCGAGCUGAGAGACAAGGUGUACGUGGAGGUGAAGGUGACGGAGCCUGCCGGGUUCUUCCUGCUGCGGGUCGACGAGUGCUGGGCCACUCAGUCGUCGAGGCCCAACGCCUCCGAGGACUCAGCUCACACACUGCUGCUCGACGGGUGUGUGAGUGACCAAACUGUCCGCUUCCUCGGUGAGACGCGGGGACAGCCGGGCGGUAACGGGGAAAGCUCCGCCGUCCGCUACAGCUUCGACAUGUUUCGCUUCACAGCGGCGCCUCACGACCUGUACCUGCACUGCACCGUGCAGCUGUGUGAGCCCGACGACACCGAGGCCUGCAAGCCUAACUGUAAAUCCAUCAGUAAGAGGGAGGCCGUGAGAGCAGCUCCUGCCGCAGGCCUGCUGUCCUACGGCCCCAUCAGGAUCGAAAUGCCACACAGGCCUCAGUCUAGCAUAGUGGCGAUGGCGGUGCUGCCGGUCGCAGGGAUCUGGAUCGUGGGCCUCUUCCUCAUCGUCCUCAUCACUGUGGCCAAGGCGGGCAGAAGGAGGCUGGCACGACUCCAGGAGCACUGACAUGCUGCUGAAGCUUUAAUAAAACUAUAAAACACA